AUGGACGGCGAGAUAGGACAACUUGUCGAAAUGGGAGCUACUCCAGCGCAGGCACGGGCUGCUCUCAAAAGAUACAAAGACGUCAUGCAGGCAGCAGAGCGAAUCUUUGACGGCGCCUUCGACGAUGUCGUGGAUGGAGACGGCGACGUAUACAUGACUACCGCUCCUGCGAACGCGACGGGACGUGCGCAGGCGAAUACAGGAAGGCUCGGUGAUGGAUUGAAUGAGAAUGUUGAAGAUGAUGAGGAAGCAGACGAUGAUGAAUAUGUGGAUUACGAUUCUGAUGAGGAAGUGAAGGUUUCCGACGAGAAAUCGAGGACGGGUAUUGACCCUUACGCCGGAAUAUUCUUCUCUAAGGAUAGACGUGAAGAGGUUAUUGAGGUUGAGGAGCAACCUGAGACCGUUCAUUUGGACGGGGUCAAUGAGGACGUCCAGCUUAUGACUCAAGGACAAUGGAUGAAGGGCUGCCCUGAAGGUGGAGAGCAAGGCUUUUUGUUCAGCCUCUAUUCACAACUCAGUGAAGGGGAGUGCUUCUGCCCUCAUGGCUGUGGAUAUUCUAUCACAAGAAAGAAAAGUGACUUUUUUGCCAUCUAUUCCUCUUUCCCGACGUUCAUCCAACAGUUGCGCAGUGUUAUUCGUCGAGAAUGCAAGCAGUGCCACAAAGAAUUAUGUUUCGCAUGUGGAGAACCCUUCAGUCAGGCAAAGGAACGGACAACAGAUACAGAUGACGACGACCUAUUUCAUUGUUCAAACCUGCAAGGAGUAAUUUUAGGCAUUGGGCUUGCGAUGCUUGAACACUUAUACCACGAACAUGUCCAACUCAUUUCCGGUAGCCAAGAUAGCAAGGGGCGGAACAAACGGAGAAAGGUGGAGGUAAUAACUCCUACGAUGGCUGUAGAUGGGGACGAUGACGACGAUAUCUAUCCUACAAAUCCUAUUGUAGGAAAGAAAUCGAAAGUCGGGAUAGGAUACGCCGGUGAGGUGAAAGAAGAUACCACUGGUCAAGCUGAAGCCCAAAUGAUACAAAAGACCAAAGACGAGAAACUCGGUGACUUAAUGACACAGAUUCGCGUAUACCUACCCUCUCUACACCGCCAAGGCGGCGGACGGACUAGUGAUUACCUCGUCCAUCCUACGGCACUCGCGCACCUUCGACGACGAUUUAACAAUAUUUGCAGCUCUCUACUUCGAAAUGAUUCCCUUACGGAUAUGUCAGAUCGAUCCGCUGUUUACUUUGAACUCUUCGAAUGGCUGGAGACCAUCUCAAACCACGAAGCCCUAGCGAGCAUGAUGGCCAUGCCCAUAAUGGUUGUCAUGUCGGUUCGGACAAAUCCAACAAAGAGGCCGUCAAAUGGUACUCCUCCUCCUCGUGAACGCACUAUCAUCUACGAAGGGAGUUCCGGCCCUCGAGAGUUAAUGGAAGCUAUUGUCAUUCAAGCGCAAGCUGCCAUCAAAGGGUUGGAGGGUGUCAAGGUGGUAGAAACUGCACCUACAGAGAUGACAGAAGAGCAAAAACGGGUGACAAAUGACUCGAAGGGGAAAGCUAAGGAGACUGCCCCUGUUGUCCAAUCGGAGGAAAACGAGAAACUCUUGAAGUUCUGCAAUAGGAUACUUGCGACAGCCAACGCCAUUGAUCGUUCGUUACGCGAGACGAAGGGCGACACAUUCCUCCAGCGAUUACACGAUGCGCUUCCAAAAAUAUCGUCGUCAUCGUCAUCUUCAUCCACCGCUAACAUUGUGGUGGAUGCAGGAGCAACGGACGAAGCGAUGCAGAAGAUAUAUGUAGAGUGGGCGACUCGAGUUAGGUUCGAAUACUGCGACUUGACAGUCCCAGUCCCUCAAGGCGAGAGCACAUCUGACGAAGCGCCUAACUACAAAUUCUACUUCAACAAUGAUGCACGUAUGCUCGCGUCGUCCGACAUUCCGAAACGUUCCUUAGCAAUUGCAAAGGAGCUUGCGGUGCUUACCACCAAUUUACCCGUCGCUUGGGAUUCGUCAAUAUUUCUUCGAGUCGAUGAAAGCCGUGUAGAUAUCAUCAAGGCACUCAUCAUUGGUCCAGAGGGUACACCUUUCCUGUUCGAUAUCUUUCUCGGUAAUUCCUACAAUCACUCGCCACCGAGUGUGAAGUACAUGACGACCAACGGAGGUAAAUAUCGCUUCAACCCUAAUCUUUACGCGGAUGGAAAGGUUUGCUUGUCAUUGCUGGGAACGUGGGCAGGCCCCGGUUGGGUAUCCGGGAAAUCGACCCUCUUGCAGGUUCUCAUAUCUAUCCAGUCGAUGAUCCUGUGCGAUGAACCAUACCUCAACGAGCCCGGGUGGGCAAAUAGUGCCGGGACUCCCCAAUCUAUAGCCUAUUCGGCGAACGUUCGAAGGAUGGUCAUCAAGACUGCAAUGCUCGGCAAUAUAAGAAAUCCUCCUGAACCAUUCGGAGACGUCAUCCGCACUCACUUCCGUCUCAAAGCCCGUUCCAUCGGUGCCCAAUUGGACAGAUGGUUGUCGAUGGAUGACGGGAAGGCUACCUUAUCAGAUGGUGCAACGACGCAUCGGUCCCACUACUGGGCAAAGCACAAAUGGUCUUCUGGCAGAUGUGGCAGAACUGAAGAGGAUGAUGCAGCAGCUACAGGGAGACGGCAGUAUGUCAACCGCGUUGUAGAGGGUGUCUCGGAAUGUGAGAAGCAUAUAAGCACAUACCUUGCAUCACUCGUUGGUUUCAUAGGCCAUAUUGUUGUACCAUAACUUUGAAGCCACGCAUUUGCAUGUAAUGGAAGUAUAUAUUACUCGGUGGAUC